UUUUGAUCCUUUGAUACUAAUAUCUCUCCCAAACAUACGAAUUUUAGAGAUGAUGUUUUUCGCAUAUGUCAUAUUAAUUAAAUUUGUGAUCGAUUGAUACUGGUUUGGUCGAAAUCAGAAUGAGUACGUUGACAGACCUACACUAUGUAUUAGUUCGAUAUGGGCAAAAGGUCUGUUAAACUAAAUUUAGAUGAAGAAUCCGGAGAGCCAUUUCCCACCGAAUAUACCGACUGCACUCCACAAAUUGAUGGGCUUUUGAAUAUGAGAAAUUGCAUCCUGAAAGCUCGGCAAUGUCCCAACUCCACCCAACUUGAAGAAGAUAGGUCAUCAACUCCGACCGAAAGUGCAUCAUCGCCAAUAAUACGAACAAUUGGUGGAUUCGUUGCAAACAUUCUUUCCAUCUACCCCGGAGAUUGUUCGGUAUUUGGUUGCCAUAAAAAAUUAUGCUGGGCAUACUGCGGUCUUUCAUAUACGAGUGGGGAAUGGUGCUACACCACAAGAGGGGUGCAGAGCCAAAAUGGAGAAUACGUUUCUUGCAAUAUGGACAGCGAAUGCAACGGUUGUUGGAAAUGUGCGGGACCAUGUGCAAUCUUCUAGAGCAGCUUAACCAGAAGCAAUUGAUGCAAUUGGGUGAUUUUAUUGAUGUGGUGAAUACAUGUGUUUAAAAACAAUAAAAUUUGAAUA